CUGUUUAUUGCUUUUUUAGCUGAGAAAAACUAUGCAGCCUCCACAGUCUCUAGUUACAUUUCCGCACUAAGUUUCCCCCAUCGUUUAGCUUCUGUGCCGGACCCCACUAAGUCCGAAAUGAUCAAACUUGCAUUGCAGGGUUACAGUAAAAUGAACCCUUCAAGAGACACUCAGUUACUCAUCUCAUUACCCACACUCGAAAAUAUCACUUUGGCCUGCGAACACACAAAAUCAUCUCAGUAUAGCAGAAAAUUAAUUCAGGCAAUGUAUGCUGUUGCUCUCUUUGCUGCCCUUAGAGUUGGUGAAAUUACUUAUCGGGGCAAUCAACCUGGUCAAAAUAUUAUUAGUAUCGGUUAAAUCGCCUUUAUGAAAACCAGGGAGAGCACUGUCACAGCACUAAAGCUAACGUUAAGGAAUCACAAGCAUAGUGACUCUUCGAGCACAUUAGAUAUUUUCAUUUACCGAGAAAGACCAGUUUGCCAGGUCUUUCUCUGGUCAGAUUAU